GGUGUUGACACAAACACGCGAGCUGUGUUGUGCAGUAUUUAUGCUGAUACGGGUAAUUUGAAAGAAGUGCAUAUGUCUACUCUCCUGUAAAUGCCUGUAAUUACUUUAAAAUGUUUUGAAAUUAACAAAGCUAAUUGCUCAGCUAAAGGCAACGUCAUUAUAAGCUAGUACUAUCGAACGUGCAUAGGUCAACCUUCCUUUUACUGAUGGACGCUAUUUUCGGUCCUAACAAUAGGACUUAAACUCAGAUAUGCUGACUGCUGUGCGAUAUAUGCUGUCCAAGCUAGUUUCCCCACUUUGGAGGACAGAGGAGGUGGAUGGAGAAGGCAUUCUUGAUGGGACAACAGGCAUUGAGGACAUUCGCCACCUGCGGGGCAGUGUGGUGAGCCAGCUGUGCCCUGACUAUGGCAUAAUCGAUGAUGCAAUCUACUUCACAAGUGGAGAGGUGUUAGGUGGAGUGCCACUAAAAGAGGGGGACCUGGUGAACUGCAUAGCAGUGAGAGAUGGUGCUCAAAGGGGAUGGAAAGCAGUAAGGGUGGAGAAGAGUGCAUAUGCUUGGGAGGAUGGUGGAAGAACCUCCCUGGAAAAUGACUGUAUGCAGCUGCGGCCUCUCAUUGGCACAGUCACAUCUUUUGAUGGAGACGGCGGCUUCAUAAACCAGACCACAUACUUUCCACGCUCCACUCUUUGGGACGGGUAUGAACCAAUGAAAGGAGACUGGGUCCAAGCAAAAUAUUUCAUCAAUCCAACCCAGUGGACCACCCAGGCCCAGUCCGUUGCCCCUUUGCGCUAUUGCCGUCUAGACCAGGUGUGUGUGACCAGUGUGUAUGGUAACAGUGGAGUGGUGGAUGACACUGUCUUCUUCAGUCUGGAGUCUCUGCUGCUGCCUGCAAACUACAAGCCUUUGCAGGGGCACCUGGUCAACCUGGUAAUGGUGGAGAGCAGUCAAUCCUUCUACAGUUGGAGGGCUCUGUGUAUGGCACCAUGUGUUCAGAGUUCAAAUUGUUCUGCACCUCUCUCAGAGGAUAAACUCCAGAGCCUUUUGGAAAACAAAGGCGGCCUGGAAGUAACAGACUAUGGCCAGUUUGGAGAUCUGAUGAUCGGGGACGAAGGGAAACUGGUACUGUGGAUACAGAAUAAAGGUUCAGAUACCCACAGGCUGAAGUGCUGUGACUUUGCUGGCUGGGACUCAAAAGAACAGUUUACGCUAGUUCCUGUAAAAGAGCCCAAACCCCCGACACAGAAACAGCAGCCUUCAGAAGAAAGCCGCUCAGAGUCUUCAGAAAACCCCAAAAAUGAUGAAGAAGAGGCAGACCAAGAAAAUGGAGGGCACCUGAAGGACACUAUCCAUUCUUCUGGAGUAAGGAGGGAGGAAAAAGAAGUGGAUAUUGCCCCAGGAGAGAGGUUGUCCGUUGCAGUAGCCUGCCAAGCAAAGAGCCUUGGGAGCUGUGCUGAGCUCCUGUUGCUGCACUUCUCCUCUUUCACCAUCGGGAGGCGCCUGGAAGUCACUGUGAGCAGUGAAGAGGCCAGUUUGCUGCAGCCCACGGCACCCUACAGUCCCAAUGAUGCUUGCCCGGUUCCAGCAGUGCCUGCUCAUGUGAUCACUGUGACUGCUCCCAAAGACCCACCACGGAUCCCAAAGCGACGGCUGCCCAACUUCCUACCGAACUACCCCGUGCCCAAGGCUCUCCGAGACUGUUUGGAAGCAAAGAGCGAUGUGCUGGUAGUUCAGCCCUGCCUUGGAGAGGUGUUGUCACCAUCCAACAUGCACUCACGUUUCUCAACCCUUCUCUGGCUGGAAGAGCUGCAUGCAGAGAGGGAGCUCAGUGAAUUCGCCAUCAACGGGGCCCUUCUCAGAAAAGGAGCGGUCUACCUGCACCUAGAAGUUCUGGGGUUGGCUGAAGGCAGACCCAGUCUUUUUAUUGGUGACAGAAUUGUACUGAAGAAACCUCGGAGUGACGGCAUGGUCAUGGAGUAUGUCAGCUAUGUCACAGAGAUCAAUGAUGAGGACGUCAGUUUGAGGGUGAACACUGAGUUUCAGCGCAGCUACCUGGGCGAGCCUCUUGAUGUUGAGUUCUCUUUCAACAGAUUGACCUCAAGGCGAUGUCACAACGCACUUGAACAGACUAAGCUAUUCAGGGGAAUUCUCUUCCCCUCUAGAGUGACUCUUCAGCCCCCUCAGUGGACAGGAGAGUGGAUUGGGGAGCCAGACCAAAACAAAACGACAAAAGACAAUGAGGCUUCAGUCCUGGGAAACGGGCCGGUGUCAAACCUCUCUGUCAGUGUGAAGUCAAAGGGUACGCAGACUAAAGACAGCAGACUGCCAUCCAGACCCAUCCCCAGCAAAGGGCAGUUCUUCAACCCCGACCUUAACCCCCCUCAAAAGGAGGCAGUGAAGAGGAUACUGGCAGGAGAGGGUCGGCCCACUCCAUACGUGCUGUUUGGACCUCCGGGGACUGGAAAGACCAUCACCCUCAUAGAGUCCAUUCUACAGGUUUAUCACUUUGUGCCCAGUAGUCGGGUACUGGUAUGUACUCCUUCCAACAGUGCUGCUGACCUCAUCUGCGUCCGCCUACAUCACAGUGGCUUCCUGCAUGCCGCAAGUUUGGCUCGUGUCAACGCAACCUGUAGGCAGGAGGAGUCCAUCCCAGAGGUGCUGAGACAGUACUCUAAGGCUGGAGAGGACAUCCGUCAUGCCUCAUUUCACAGGAUUGUGGUCAGCACCUGCUCCAGCUCUGGGAUGUUCCACAACAUAGGAAUACAAGUGGGACAUUUUACCCACAUGUUUCUGGAUGAAGCAGGCCAGGCCACAGAACCAGAGGCCCUGAUUCCCAUGAGUCUCAUGUCAGAGAAAGACGGACAGAUAGUGUUGGCUGGAGACCCCUGUCAGCUGGGUCCUGUGGUGAAGUCCAAGCUGGCCAGGACGUUUGGCCUGGGAGUGUCUUUAUUGGAGAGGCUGAUGGCCAACCCACUCUACUCCAGACAUGACUGGGGUUACAACCCUAAUCUGGUGACCAAGCUGAUUUACAACUACCGUUCACACGAGGCCUUGCUGGUACUGCCUUCCAAGCUCUUCUACCAGGGCGAGCUGGUUGUUAAAGCCCCCAGGACUGUCGUAGACUCCCUCUGCCAGUGGAAAACCCUUCCUAAGAAAGGCUUCCCCCUCCUCGUCCAUGGCGUUAGGGGUACAGAAAUGAGAGAGGGUAAUAACCCAUCAUGGUUCAACCCUGUGGAGGCUGUUCAGGUCAUGCUCUACUGCUGCCAGCUGGCCAAGAAGCUGUACAACCCAGUGAAUACCUCUGACAUUGGUAUCAUUGCUCCUUACAGAAAACAAUGUGAGAAGAUUCGACUGCUGCUGGGGAAGGUGGGCCUGUCUGAAAUCAAAGUUGGCUCUGUGGAGGAGUUCCAGGGACAAGAGUUUCUGGUUAUCAUCGUGUCUACGGUGCGCUCGAAUGAGUCGGUAAAGAGCGAUGAUUUGCAGAGUGUGCUUGGCUUUCUGUCCAACCCCAAACGAUUCAAUGUGGCCGUCACUCGUCCCAAAGCCCUGCUCAUAAUUGUUGGAAACCCCCACAUACUCAUUAUGGAUCCAUGUUUCAGGGCUCUGCUGCAGUACUGUUUCAUCAAUGGGGCGUAUGUGGGCUGUGACCCCCCUCCUUCCCUCAGAGACACUCAGAUUUGAUGAGUCUCUAACGUGCAAGGAGGAGACAGCUUUCAUCUGCAUUCACUGUGGCAAUGGAGGCCAACUAAGACACCCAGCCCCACCACGCCUGUCUUUGAUGUGUGUCUCCGGUGUUUGUUCUACUUUUCUCUACUCUGUGUGUAGACUGUACUGCCCAGGCCAAUGUAACCUUUAUUAUAAAACAAGACACCUUUCUUUUUUUUUUACAUUGAUUUAGCACAUACCAACUGGUAUCCUUCCUUUUCUCUUUACUGGAGCAGAAUGAUGUGUCUGAAGUUGGUAUAAUUGCAGUGACUUCUCAAAUACGUUCUGUUUUCUGUAAUUUAACCUGUGAUACAGAUUUUGGAAUGCAGGUGUACUAUGGGGGUAAGUUGUCUCAUUAUUGACUAUCUGAUGAGCCAGUCUAGGAUCUGUCUUCAGAUUAGGGUGCCACCGAUUCUUCUUUCUGCACGAUGAGAGCAAUUAUUGUGUAACAAAUUUCACUGAAGAACCAAACUACAAAGUACAAGUAUAAGUUGUAUUUUGGGGAGGGUUUUCUGUAAAAUACAAAUUCUGUUGCAACUGUUAAGUACAGAAGCCAUGAUUGUUAUUGUAUUGUUUGUACGGGGAAAAUUGUGUUGCAGGAUGACUUGAACUUGUAAAGAAUCUCAUACCAAAAUUGA